UCCUUUCGUUUCUCUUUUAACCUCCGCCGUUUGUCGGACGAUCAUCCGUUGAACACUUUGCGCUCUCAACGCUAUCUAAAGGAUUUCAUUGCGCCCUUCUCGGACCUGUCACCCGUCUUGGACGGUAUUAUGCUUUACCACGCGUAUGUUGAAGUUUCAUUAACCACUCGUUCUUUGUCACUUAAGUUCUGUACAGAUUGUGAAACUGCUCUUUCCUCGUCAAAGAUUCCUAAGUUUUCUCUACGAAAUGACCUCUAUCGUGGUCGUCUCCCAGACGACCUCCAGGAUAUCACCUGGAUUGAAGAGAAGGUCUGCGCUCUUCACCGUGUCUACGCUGAUGUUGCUCGGUUGUUCAAUGGCUCAAAGGGCGACACCGUUCCCUAUCGCCUUGUGGGCAACACCUGUGCGUAUCCGGCUAAUGUUGCUUCGACCGCUCUUCGACUGCCCCGAACACCUGCGGACGUAAAUGGUAAUCUCACCGUUGUUUUUGUAGGAACUGUUUAUAAUUCUAAUAAACUUCCUCGUAUGUUCCGUGUUCGUCGUCGCGUUAUUCAGCGAUUCUUGAACUUCCUAGCCGAAAAUAACCCUUUAUAUGCUGAUGUACCCAUAUGUUAUGAUACGUUGAAUCAAUACCCGGAGGAUGGAUUACUCCCUUCUCUGGCAGAAUCAGUAAUCUUUACUCCCGUCCCGGAGGACUCGCCCAUCCUGGCAGAAGAGACUGCGUCGUUUGACGACCACCCUGCCAUCGUAGCAUGUAAACAUGCUGAAGCCGACACCAGUAGCGAGACCAUUCAGAAGACCUCUUCAGACGGUUCCAAUUCGAAUGAUGACUCCAUCAUUGAGAGCACAGGUAUCGUCGACUUUGAUGGCACCUCUUACUCUGGUCAUGCGGCAACAGCAACAGCACUUAGUAACCUCGUUAAUUCUACUGGCCAGGCGGAACCAGAUCUUGUGCUGAAACGAGGGACAGAGUAUGUGAAAGAAUACGACAAUCCCUCCUUGUUGCCCGGCAUGUUUCCGACUUUAUUUCCUUAUGGUGGUGCUGGUUUGGAAGAAAUUCGUCCCAUACCUAUUUCAUUUCAAGAACAUUCCAAUUACCUCCUCAGUCUAUAUCAUCCGGCUUUCAAACACCAUCGCCUCUUCAUGUUCGUCGUACUCAAUAUCAUCAAGAGACGUCGAGCGCACCUCUUCACAUCGUUUACUGUUAACAAACCUGGUUUCUCUAAGGUGGCUAAAGACAUGGCUUCCGUUUCAUCAGCCACGUUGGAAUCGACUGCAAAGCACCUUAGAGACAAUGGCUCGAUUGCCACUUUGACCCCCGAACAGCGCAAAGCUUAUGACUGCCUCAAGCAGCUGAACAUCGUUACGGGUCAUAUCCCAGGCUCACCUGCCGCAAAACUAGUCGAUCGCUCGUCUAUGUUCGCGUACUUUGGUCUCUUUGGGACGCCUCAUAUCUUUUUAACCAUGAACUAUCCUACUCUCGACUCCCCCAUCUUUCACGUCAUGGUUGGAGAUGAGAAAUUAGACCUUUCCUCUCGUUUCCCCAAAUUGCCUUUUCCCACAGAGAAGGCCAAACGACUCGCCGACAAUCCUGUUGCAGCAGCUGACUUCUUUGUCUUCAGCAUGCGCAUGUUCUUUAAACAUCUACUUGGCUAUGACAUGGAGACUGGAGAGUCGAAAGGCGGCAUUUUCGGCCACAUUCUGGCCCAUUAUGGUAAAGCCGAGUGCACCGGUCGAGGUAACCUCCAUGGUCACCAUAUUCUAUGGUUACUUGGAGGAUUGAAUCCCUCGGAUGCACACUCUAAAUUGGAAAAUAACCCAGAGUUCCAAUCCCGGUUUUUUGCUUUUUGGGAGCAGAUCAUCAAACAUGACGUACCGCUACAAAAUGUCGAAGUAUCACCUUCCUUUAAUCCACGUUCCGAACGACCUCCUCCCGUGCGUAGCGAAGAAUGGUUCACCGGACUCGAUCAAGACGUCUCCUCCUGCGCUGAA